UCCUUGAGCGAGUCAAUGCCACACUUGUCGAAGAUCGAGAUGAAUUGCAAGCUCAGCGUGCUGCUACCCCGUGUUCUCGGCAAAAAUUCGUCAUCCCUUCAUCUGGAAGGAACAGAUCAGUGAAGAAUUUUCUAAUUUUCCUUUCUUUGGGUGAGCCUUCCAAAUCCACACCUUCAAUUGUUCAAAUUUCUGAUGAUGUAACUCCUUUACCUACCCUAGAAGCUGACCAAACAUUUCUUUCUGAUGAUGCCCUUGAACCUGCUGAGACACAAGUUAGUCAUGAGGCUUCAAUUCCUCCUCCUGAACCUAAUUUUGAGGUGGUGCUUGCUAAUCCUUCAAUUGCCUUAUCACCAACUUAG